UUUUUGUGGUGAAACAAAAAAUAAACAGUCAUAAUGCUAGACGAUCAUUACCGAUCUGGCAAUCUCGCCGAUUGAUUUUUUUUAUUUUGGCAUUUUAAUUGUUGACAAUUGACAAUUCAAUUGAUAGAAAGCAAGUGUUUUUCAAUAAAAAAUAAACAAUUUAAAAAUUCUAUACAACAAACCCUAAUUUGUUUCCUAAUAUGACCACUGUAGAUGAACAAACAGUAUUCGCAAAAUUAGAAGCAUUGAAGGAUAUAAGAGCAAAAACAAUACAACUAGAAAAACUGAAAGCUAGAUUAUUGUUAGAAAUAGACGCUCAAGAUCAAGAAGAAAAAUGUUUAUCAGAAUACAAACAAGAAAUGGAUUUGCUUCUGCAGGAAAAAAUGUCACAUGUAGAAGAACUAAGACAAAUUCAUGCAGACAUAAAUGCUAUGGAAGGGGUCAUAAAGCAAGCUGAGGAAAGUAGAAACAGAUCUAUGUCUUCAGCAAUACGUCUUCACGAAGAGUAUGUUCCACUGAAAGGAGAAAUAGAUAGGUUAAGAAGAGAUUGUUUAGGCUUAGAACGUCUUCCUGAGCUUCAUGAGGAGGAGGGUUCCAGUGUUACACCUGAGAAAUUUUCUCAACUUUACAAUUCAACAAAAUCACAAACUUCUGUCUUCACUAAAACCGCUGAUUGGAAUCGACCAAUCGGCCACAAUGAGAACGCCUUGAGUUCCUUGGCACCGCCUUUACCGCCUACUUUUCUACCGCCUCCCAAUCCCCUUAGGCUAGUGACAAAUAAACCAGAUGCCACGAGACCGGGAGCAUUAGCACAGUCGCCACAUGCUGGGCCUCCUACGCCAACCUUCAGACAACAACCUCCUCCAAUGAAGUCGUGCCUAAGCUGUCACCAGCAAAUCCACAGAAACGCUCCAAUUUGCCCAUUGUGUAAAGCGAAGUCCAGAUCUCGUAAUCCGAAGAAACCGAAAAAGAAAGACAUGAAUUAAAAUGUCUCUGUACUAGAUGGUAGUACUAGUACUUACUUAAGUAUUUUCGGUUUAUUUAAGAACAAUAACGAAAAAGAAGAGAUCCAAAACGCUGAUUUACAAAGUUUGCUUUAGUCUAUUUAAACAUAUUUUAAAUUUUCACUUUCAAAGUAUUGCAUUUGCCUAUUGUGACCUACUAAUAGCAUUGUUUAUAUAGUAAUAGUUGGCCAACGCAAUAGAUAAAUUUGUUUGAUUCUAAUUGAGACAGUUAUCAGAUGUCACCACCAUUUUUUUCAGGGUCGCAACUAGAGAUGUUGAAAAAGUAUCUAUUCGUUACAAAGUACUCGUUACUUACGAAUACCGAAAGUAACGAUUACUAUACAGAGAGGCAAAUCGUUACUUUGAUUACUCUGAUUACUUCGUACCAAUCGUAUCAGAGCGAGUAACGACUAUUGUAUCUACUUUGAUUACUUUGAUUACUCUGAUUACUUCGUUACUUCGAACCAAUCGUAUCAGAGCGAAUAACGACUAUUGUAUCUACUUUGAUUACUCUGAUUACUUUGUUACUUCGAACCAAUCGUAUCAGAGUGAAUAAAGGCUAUUGUAUCUACUUUGAUUACUCUGAUUACUUCGUUACUUUCUACCAAUCGUAUCCCAGCGAGUAACGGACGGGACCGGUAUUUUACGAGUGUUAUCGAAUAUCGUUAUCGGUAUGAAGCGUUUUAAGGGUGUGAGGGUGAGGAGAAGAUAGAAGAUGAAACAGAGGGAGGUAUAAUGGUAUACGUAAAAUAUGUAAUGUAUGUCAUUAACAAAAAUCGAAUGCGAGAACCCUAUAUUUUUAUCUAGAUCUACGCGAUUUGCCGAUGUAGAUUAGAUAGUAGAUAAUUCACAAAUUCACAGAAUGAAAAUAAAAAUAAAGCCUACCUACUGAGAAAUACGAUUCUCGAUAUGAUUACCGGUACUCAAAUACAAAAGUAACAAAAGUAAGCAUAGUAAUCAAAGUAACGAAUACUGUAAAUGGUUACUUUAUACAAAAGUAACGAUUACUCGAAAGUAACUAUAAUCAACAUCACUAGUUGCAACGUCAGGCCUAACUACGAUAAAUCCAAAAUGCAUCGACACCAAGUUGGAUACGAUCUUAUUCAUAACACACCAACUCGCAUACAUAUUAAAAAAAAUAAAUAUAUGGAAGAAUAGAUUUAGAAAUCAAAUUACAUAAUGAUGUCAUGCUACUAUACAUUAUACAUAUAGGUAAUAGCAUGACAUCAUUAAUUCAAUUUCUAAAUAUAUUCUUCCAUAUAUUUAUUUUUCUUAAUAUGUAUGCGAGUUGGUGUGUUAUGAAUAGGAUCGUAUCCAACUUGGUGUCUAUGCAUUUUGGAUUUAUCGUAGUUACGCCUGACGUUGCGACCCUGACAGAAAUGGUGGUGACUGUCUCAAUUAGAAUCAAACAAAUUUAGCGUUGACUAACUAUUAUUAUAUAAACAAUGCUAAUAGUUUAAAGUUUUUAAUUGGAAUAUGUAUUCUAAAGUACAUUAUGUAGAUUUUUCGAAUUUAUAAUAUGAUUAUUGACAAGCAGAACCAUAAUUUGAAUAGGUCUUCUUUUUCGAUAUUAUAAAUAUGGCACUAUUAUGUUAGUUGGCGAUAUAAUUUAUAAUUAUUUUUACGAUCAAGUUUAUUUAGCUUAUAGAUUUAAACGUAUUUACAGAAAAUAUUAUCCUGUUGGGAAAUACAAAAACUAUUUUUUUGAAUUGUAUUUUUGCGCACCUGUCAACUGUGGAUGUUCCCGUCUCUUGAAAUAGGCUUCAUACAGACUGUUUAGUUUCGAAUUAGAUAUACGAGUACACAAUAUACAUGGCAACACUGUUUCGCCCGCUUCCCACACCUUAUUCUCGCCGAUCUACAGGGCUUUUCAUCAAUUGUCAUUUGUUUCGAGCUUCUGUCAUGUGUCACAUAAUAUUAAUAUAUCUACGUCAUACGUCCUUGGUUUGUAUCAUUGUAUAUACCAAUAACGUAUGACGUAGAUAUAUUAAUAUUAUGUGACACAUGACAGAAGCUCGAAACAAAUGACUGUGAACGAAAAGCCCUAUUCAGUCAGUCUCGUCAUUCGACCAGAGACAUGUUAACCGUAGACAAGGCAUACUGAGCAAAAAACGUAACGCGCGGCAGUUGAUCGGUGGUCUAUCUAUUUCUUUUUACUAAGCGAUACCGCUCAUAUUACGGACAUGGCUAGACCACUCAAAAUGAAUAUUGACCAAUGGCGUCCUUGAUAUCGGCGUUACACCCCAAUGCAUUGAGUGGCAUAUGACUAGCCUCGUCUAUGGUUAACAUGUCUCUGCAUUCGACAGUGACAAUGCAACUCAUUCUCGUAAGCAAUGUUGCCGAUUUUAGCCCUUCAGUGGACUACAUCUAAUCCAACGCUAAACACCCUGUAUAAGAUGACCUCAUCUGAUUGUAGUAUUCAGUUUAUAUGUGGGUAGUUUCGUUUUGUGGUAUUAAUGUACAGGGUUAUUCACUAUAUUUUGACCUCCCUGUAAACUGCUUUAUUUACAGAAUUAGAAAAAAACGUAAAAUACAAAAGUUACACGAUUAUUUAUGUAGUUUUCGAAAAUGAUAGUAGAAAAACAAAGAAGGUGCAAACAAAAUGGCCGCAGAUGUUAACUUUGUUAAUUUAAAUAGAACACAUUGUAUAUGGUUACACAUUUGAAUAUCGUUACACAUCUGUAACGAACAUUUCCAUAUUGAGUUUGAUGGGCCGAUCUGGAAGAAUAAGUAUGUAUAUACAGUGGAACUUGGAUAUUACGGCCUCGGUAGUUACGUCACCUCGGUUGUUACGUCAAUUUUUAAUAGGUGCGGCCAAAAACUAUUUGAUAACAUUAUUAAAAACCCGGUUUUAGCGGUAAAAAUAAAGUAACCUCGUCUAUAGCGUCAUAAAAUUUUACAGUAGGUUGUUGUUUUUUCAUUUUAUGAAGAAUAAGUGCAAUGCCUUUCCAGCUUUGCGACAUUGCUCCUUCCAAGAAUGUGAGAAAGGCCCAUUAUCCUUUUGUGUACAGCUGUGUGACCUUGGCAGUUUAUGAUUUCUUAUUAUUUGUCAGGACCAUCAUAAAGAGUCAAAUUUUCUGCUGUAAUAACAUAGUGCAAAUAAUGCUGUAAUAAAAUUUUGCCUGGUUAAAAUUUCAUUUUUUUCUACCUCUUUUAUAACGUCACUCUGAUAUAGCGUCAUUUUUUUACUGGACCCUUCAAUGACGCUAUAACCAAGUUCCACUGGACAUACAUAGUAUCCCCUAUAGUAAUUUAUUUAUUAGCUAUAAUAUUUUAAAGUUUUCAUCCAAAAAACUAAGUUUUCAAUCUAAUAGCAAAUAAAACAGCAUCCAAAAAUGCUAUUUUACAUCCUACCAGACUGAAAACAAUGGGAACCUUCUCUGGUAACACCUCCGAGGCUUCUACAAUUUGCAAGCCUUAACGGAUGCUGAGGCUAAGGAAGAUGAGGGAAUUUUACAAUUUAUAAUUCACGUCCCAUCUGCUCAGCGCGGUAAAGUUCCAACGAGAAUGGUUCCCUUGGUACUGCAAUCAGAGUAAACAUGUAAAUUAAAAAUGAAUAAUCAUUUUCAAUUUCGUUGCAACACGAAACUACAGCCGCAUCAUUAUUCCAGUUCAUUCAGAGAGUGCAGCAAGCACCUCUACCGGUUUCGAAACCUAUUAGUCUCUCAUCAGGAGGCACAUAUGCUGCUCUCUCUGAGCCAACUAGCGGCAACUGCUGGCAAAAAACUAUUCCAACGAGAAUGGUUCCCUUCGUACUCCAAUCAGAGUAAACAUGUAAAUAAAAAAUGAAUAACCAUUUUCAAUUUCGUUGCAACACGAAACUACAGCCGCAUCAUUAUUCCAGUUCUAUUAGAUUGAAAACUUAGUUUUUUGCUAGCAGUUGCCGCUAGGGCAUCCCUGUCAUUUCGUUCGCUGCAAUCCGUGACUGCACGCCGGAGUUUGUCCUAGUUGGAUCAGAGAGAGCAGCAUAUGUGCCUCCUGAUGAAAGACUAAUAAGUUUCGAAACCGGUAGAGGUGCUUGCUGCACUCUCUGAUUGAACUGGAAUAAUGAUGCGGCUGUAGUUUCGUGUUGCAACGAAAUUGAUAAUGGUUAUUCAUUUUUGAUUUUCAGCUUCCGUGUACCCCAUUCUAAUUAAAUAUUAUAAAUUGUCAAAAAGUUACAUUGUUCUCAUGAUAUUCCUAUCACUGUCAUAGCCUACUAUCAUGACUGAGAUUUAUUCAAAAUAUCUAGUAUCUCGCUUAUUUUUCCAGAUAGGUCCAUCAAAUUCAAUAUGGAAAUGUUCGUUACAGAACGUUCUAUUCAAAUGGGUAACCAUAUACAGGGUGUUCCAGUUAAAUUAACAAAGUUAACAUCUGCGGCCAUUUUGUUUGCACCUUCUUUGUUUGUCUACUAUCAUUUUCGAAAACUAAAUAAAAAAUCGUGUAACUUUUGUAUUUUACGUUUUUUUCUAACUAUAAAUAAAUCAGUUUCCAGGGGUUUAAAAUAUAGUGAAUAACCCUGUACCUAUGCUUCUAUAAUUUAUCCCAACAACAGACAUUUCUGUUGUUAUUGUAUGAGAUGUUAUUUCGGCGAGCCUAAUGAUGGUAUUAAAAUCAUUUUUAUUAUUAACAUUUUGCUUACAAAUGUGUUUUAUUCUUUAAAAUAAUCGGUAGUAUCAAUACAAUUCAACCAGCGAUGUUCCAAGGCUGUUUUUUCUUUGUAUGGUGUUUUCUGGAAGGGAUGCAAAGUACACAUUCUCCCCGUCUCUCUUCAAUCCUGACCCCCCGGAGAGAGUGUAGUGAUCGACGUGAUGUCGUGUAUUGUCCGUCUCCAAAGAUCUCUGUCUUUGGCCAUUUCUUUUAACUCAUACAUAGCUCUUUUGCAUAUUCCUGUCACUUAAUUGAUCAUCUUGUUGAGGAUCUUCCUCGUGAUCUUCGGCCUUCCACCUUUCCUUAUAUAAUGAGUUUUUCCAUGUUUUCUGUGUUUGCUCUCAUAACAUGCCCAAAGUAUUUUAAUUGUUGCGAGAUGGACUCUACUUUAGAGCCAUUGGCUAACUUUUAGCUCUUAAAAUUGAAUUAUUUGUUCUAUGGUCGGUCCAAGGAAUUCGUAGCAUUAGUCUCCAACAGAACAUUUCAGUGGCGUCUAUCUUCUUUCCGAUUUUCAGGGUCCAAGACUGACAUCCGUAGGUCAGUAUUGGGAAUAUUAAGCAGUUUAUCAACCUCAUCUUUAACGCUCUAGAAAUUUGACAGUCCUUCCAUAUUGUGGUCAUUUUUGCUCUGACAGCUUUUGUUAGAUCACAUCUACGUUUUAUUUCUUCCUGUAGUGACCCUGUUUGUGAUCAAUGAUCCCAGAUAUAAGUAUGAGUUCACAACCUCAAACCGAUCAAUUGUGGUUAUAUGUGGAUGAUUGUUAUGUAGCACAAAUUACAUCAGUAAUAACAAAGGUUUCUUGAUUGGACAAAAAGCGCCGUUUAGAGAAACGGAUCUACAGUUUUCGGAAUAGUUAGAAUCCAAGGGGGGCAAAUCUGGGGAAUAGGGUGGAUAUUUCGCUCUUUAUAGUGUACAUCUCACAAUUUCUCCAUUGCCAAAAAGGAUUUUUUUGCGUUUAUGAAUAUCCAGCUCCAGCUCAUAGUCGACUAGGAUUAGGCCCAUUUCUGGAACUUUCAGACACUUAGAUUUAUGCACAUAUUUUUCUCAAAUCCAAAAUAUUCCUCAAAAUGUUGGAGAACACAGGGAUUCUUCUAAAUCUCUUUCAGUUAAUGAACAAUCUUGCAAAACCACGAGAGAUCAUUUUUAAACUAAAUUCUUUCCUCGGUAGGAUAUAGCAUUGCUGAUACCAGAUUACUUCUUCAGGUUCAAAAGUAGGUAGACUAGUUUUCUGUAUCUCUCGAUAAGUGAUAAUUUUAAUUUAAGUGUGCACAUUAACUAUUUACGUUAACAAUUCUUCUUAGAAGAGAAAUUUGUGCCAAACUUUAUAGCAUUAUUAAUUUUAAGGUCGUUGGUGAUUAUAUAUACGAGAGUAAAGUAAAAAGUUCUCUGCCUAGUUGAGAAAAUGUGAGUUUUUAUCUAAAAAAUGCUUUUGGUAAUGGAAAAUGCUUCCACUGCCGAUUUCGUGCAUACAUUGUCCAUAGCGAAAUAUUUGGUCUCCUCAGAUAAGAUUUUUCCUCACUAAUAUUAUUUAUAUCUAGCUGGUCAAGAAGAUGUACGCUCCAAUUACGCAAGGAUGCAGUUACGCAUCCUUUUUUUGAUUCAAAACCAACAGAUUGAUUUUAUGCAUGAAUUGGUGUUUUUAUUAGAGUGCAAAAUAGUCAACAUUAACAUUUCGAUGGACGAUAAACAUUGUACAUUGAAGACCACGUGAACACAGUCUGGUAGAGAAAGACCACAGAAGCGGUGGCUAGACAACAUCAAAACAAAAAUGAGGUUAAACUGGCGCCAAAUAGCACAAAACAGAGAAGAGUGAAGAACCCAUGGGAAGUUUUCGUUCAGAAAUGGAUGCAAAUAGGCUGAAGAAGAUUAAAGAUUCUCGGCCUAGAUGUGUUCUAUGAAGGUAUUUAGUCUUUGGAUCGGCACUUAACUAGUCGAAUCAGACCAAGGAGAUCCUUUAAAAAGUCAUAGAUCUGAGAAGAGACUAGUUUUCAAGGGCAGUAGUAUAAACUUUGCCGUUUUUUCUGUAUUUAGUCAACCGAAUAAGGUUCAUUCUUUUAUAAUUAUGUAAAAUAUUUAUGAUUGUAGUUUGAUUCUAUUAUCUAUGUUUUGUAUUUGUAUCAUUUAUCUGAUUACACUCUAGGCUGAGAAAUUUUUACUACACCCUCAUACAAUUCGGCAAAUUUCAUUUUGUACCUUAUGCUCAGGUGCGCAUGAGUGACAAGACCAGUGCAUGCGCAGUGAGUGCAGCUAUCUAAACAAACCAUCUCAUCGCAAUGUUUGUUUACCUAAGGCUCUAAGGACAAAGUGAAAUGUGCCAAACUACUUAUUCUCUCUUAUCUCUAAUUUAUGUUUGCGGUAUUUGUCGUAUAAAGUAUAUGUUUGUAAUCGAUGUGUUCAUGUUUUUCAAAAAUAAAAAGUGUAGAUUUAUUAAGAA